CUUGGCAGUAAUCGGCGGCGACGGCGUUGGCCCGGAGGUGAUCGCCGAGGGACGGAAGGUGCUGGAGGCCCUGGAGUCCUCGGGAGGGCCGUCCUUCCGGUUUACGGAUUUCCCUUGGGGCAGCGACUACUACCGGGAGACGGGCCGCCUGAUGCCGGAAGACGGGCUGGCGCUGCUAUCCGGUUUCGACGCCAUUCUGUUCGGCGCGGUGGGAGACCCGAACAUUCCCGACCACAUCACGCUGCACGGUCUCCUGCUGCCCAUGCGGCGGGGGUUCGAUCAGGGGAUUUGCGUCCGGCCAGCGUACCUGUACCCGGGGGUGACAUCGCCGCUGGCCGGCAAGAAGGCUGGCGACAUCGACAUGGUCAUCUUCGAGAGAACACCGAGGGCGAGUACGCUCCCGUGGGCGGGCGGCUGAACGUCGGGACGCCGCACGAGACGGUGAUCCAGAGCAACGUUUUCACCCGCCGGGGCACCGAACGGAUCAUCCGCGCCGCCUUCGAGCACUGCGUACGCCGCAACAAGCGGAUGAAAAGUGACGUCGGUCACGAAAUCCAACGCCCAGUCCUUCGGCAUGGUGUUCUGGGACGAGGUGUUCGAGGAUGUGGCCGCCGAGUUCCCGCAGGUGGAGACCGAGUCGCUGCUGGUGGACCGGGCCUGCAUGGACUUCGUGCGCUGGCCCGAGGACUUCGACGUCGUGGUGGCCUCCAACCUGUUCGCAGACAUACUCUCCGACAUUGCGGCGGUGGUGACGGGCAGCAUGGGGCUGGCUCCCAGCGCCAACAUCAAUCCCGACAAGGUGCAUCCGUCGCUGUUCGAGCCGGUGCAUGGCGCGGCCUUUGA